GGCGGGAGGUCUUGGCUUCGGUGGAACCAGUUUGAGCACUCCUGGAGGACCAAGACCAAGAGAUGAAACAAACAUCAAGCUGCUUGGUCGAAACAACGCUUCAAGCAACUGGCAUGGCCCUGAACAUCAUUUUCCGAAGAUCUCUCUUGGAGGAGGUGGGCAGAACCCGCUUGGAUCCAGUGAAGAUUGGAUCAGUAAUUUGAGCAGUAAUUUGUACUACCGUUCCUCCUCUCCCGACGUGUUGGUGAAGAAAAGUGUGGAUUACAAUGUGAAGAAGCCGCCGACCCCAGCAAUGCAGACCGCGGGAAUGUUUAGAACCGUGAAGUUCUCUUCGAGCUCCGAAAGUUUCCCUUUCCACGCAUUUCGGGUUCCUAGUCACCCUAGUCCUACUAGUGACUCGAACUCUCCCUCUCCUAGUUCUUUAUCUGCGGCUAGGAAAACGAAUCAACACCAACACGUCGCUUUCGAUUUACGCGCGACGGAUAUCAGCCAUAUAAGGGAUAGUGACUUCGCCAUGGAGAGGCUAGAAGAAGAGCCAGCAGAUGUUCAUGGUCCUGAUGAUCCUAGUAGUCCCAUAAACAUCAAGGCUGCUGGGGGAAUGGAAGAUGCAUCCCAGUAUAUUCGUAGAGGCACCAGCACAACUGCUAAAACAGGUAGCCCUUCCUCUCAUCUGUUAUCAUCUUCGAGGAGCAGGAGAAGCACCAAAAAACGUAGUACAACAAGAAAGAAUAGCGCUCGCGCGACGACAACGGAUGACUUAGACCGCGCUUUGGGGUACGUUUUGGGUCAAUUACAGGCACCACCAGCGCUUAAUCAACAAGAGCAAGUGGGACCACGCGUCUCGUUCUACGCUGCAACUGGUGUCGAUUUCCUCACGGUGUCUGGGUCGGUCGCGAGAAAAACACUGAGAGUUAUGUGCAACCAUUUACGCAAGCUGCAGAGAACAGUCCAUAUCAUGCGGAAUUCUUCAGUCGCUGCAAGACCUUCGGCUCCUCCUGCAGCAAGACCUUCUGCGGCGAUGGGGGUGCCGUCCCCACGACAGACAACUGGGUCAUCAACUUCAGCUGCUGGCCGUGCUUCCGUCGCACGCUUUCCAUCAUCUGACGUGGAUCAGCAACAACGUGAACGUGGGAGAAAGGCUGAUGAUUCUGUAGCUAGCGCAAGUCCAGGUGCAGCGAGAAAGACCGACGACUCACUCCAAAGUGGUGGUAGUGCAACUUCUGGAAGAAAGACGAGUGAUGACUCAGCGGUCGUGGUACAGCUGCAGGCAAGCACAGCAGACGAUUCAACGUCACCAGAAAUUCUGAAGGGUCUCGAGAAUAAUAUAAGAUCAUGGCCAGCAGUUCUCGAGAAACAACGCAGCUCUUCUUUUAAGACAGAACUAGAAUCCUCACAUGAAGCACCAGAGCGCAGCUCGUUCAAAACAGAUUUAGAAGCGGAAGAUGCAUCCCAAGUAUUAGAACCGGACGAGGAGAAACUUGUGAAUGAGACCCAAGAUUUGCUGGAGGAAAGCGCCAAAUUGCGUGAAAACAUUCUCGCUUUGACCAAGCAGCUGUCGCAGAUGCGGAAUUCCAUCACCAGUUGUACCGGAAGAAACACCGCAGCAGGAUCAACUACAGCUAGAAAAUCCAAUGCUCCUCUGGGAACAACGAUUUUGACUUCAGGCAUGGUUCAGCUCGACAACCAAUUUCUGCAGCAGUACCAACGGCCGUCGGCGGCCUCAGACCUCUCUCCACGGAUGAAGGAAGGCUUGCACAAGACUUUAAUGAAACUGCGGGUUCAAGCGAAUCGCGUGGCGGGGAAGGUGUUGUCAUCCCAGAAUGCCGGAUAUGAGAGGCUGAGGGUGCUGCGAAACAAAGGAAUUGCCGUAGGUGAAGGAGAAUCACAGUCUCCGGGAGGUGUUGAUCUAUCUGUAGUUGAGGGAGGCGAUCUAUCUGUUGAGCCACGUUCUACUGUUUUCUGGCGUGCAACUGAACAUAAUGCAAGUACUGCAGAAGAUGAUCAGGAUCUUGAACGUGUAGCUGUUGUAGCUGGGCAAGUUCCUCCUCCUGAGCAGGCGGAUGCUAUGGAAUCUUGGCGAGCUUCGCAGGUUUCUCUUCAGAUGGAAAAUGAAGGCAAUGCUGAAGACCGAGACGAAUUCGUGACGCCUACACGGGAAUUGGAGAGACUUCACGACUUGGUUUCCACCGGUUCUAUGCUGAGGAUCGUACGAUUUCGAUUUCUUAGGGCUGUGCCCGCAGUCAUGGUGAAGGAGCACUUGUGGCAAGCUUUCUUGCCGUUGUUUGAAGACGAUGCUGAGCCGGAGAUGGCUGUUAGCGGUAGGAAUGUGUCAGAUGACAAAGAUAGCUCUCCUGGUCCGAAGGGAUCUCCAGAGCCGGCUUCCCCGUCUGCUACCGGCGCAGCUGGAGCUGCUACUGCAGUGCAAGACGAUCUUGCGGUUGUUGCAGCUGUAAGCAAAGCUGAUAAGGAGCAACAAGCAGACAUGAAGCAAAAAUUUCUGCAAACCAUGGCGAUCCCACCAAUUGUCUCACCGAGACAACUUUUCACACCGCGCUUGAACUCUCCUGGUGCUCUUUUACGGCGAACAAACUUGCAACUACCGUCAAACCUUCAACUAGUUGCAACGUCUAAUGCAGCUUCUACUGCCAUUCAGGUGCAGUCUACUCCUGCGACUGCGUUUACCAUCAAUGCUGAAAACAGGAUUCUUAGAGUCGCUUCCAAGCAAUUAGGAGAGAAGUCGCCUGAACAGAAGCCGGACAAGUUCAAGAAAGAGCGUGACUCCUGGACUGAGCUUUUUCCUGAGGCUGCUGGUGCAGUCUUUUAUCAAGGAGAUAUCCUAGAAAUGCAGAUUUCGGCCAC